AUGGCGUCCUUGUCCGUAGCCGGGAAGUAUGCAAUUAUCACUGGUGGAGGUUCAGGGAUCAACCUGGCCUUUGCCCGCUUGCUCCUCUCUCGUGGCUGCUCAGUCCUGAUUGGAGACUUGAAUCUUCGCCCUGAGGCACAGCAGCUCCUAUCAGAGUAUCCUUACCCUCCAGCCUCCUCACGUCCUUCAGCCCUGUUCCAUCCCACCGACGUGCGGUCCUGGCCCCAGCUAUCGGCGCUCUUCGACAAGGGACUCUCCUCCUUCCCACGUCUUGACAUUGUCUGCCCCGGCGCCGGGCUUUUCGAGCCCAGGUUCUCCAACUUCUGGCAUCCGCCGCGCACGGCAACAAACCCUGACACGCCCUCUCGGGACAUAGCAGCCGAUGUGGGAGGCGACGGUUGCAAUACGUACGCCACGCUCGACGUCAACCUGACGCACCCGAUCCGGCUGAGCCAACUUGCCAUCGGUUACUGGACGCAGCAGCGCGCGCCGGGAUGUCUUGUGCACGUGAGCAGCAUAGCCGGUCAAGCGGCGAGUAUCGGCACACCGCUCUACUUUGCCAGCAAGCAUGGGCUGAGUGGAUUCACACCUAUGUGGGAAGAGGACCCCCACAAGGCAGCCAUGUUGGAUCAAAAGAACGACCUACUCAUUGAUCCUGAAGAGAUCGCCGAGGCAAUGCUGCAGUUGUGCGAGAAUCCCGAGUACGGCGACGGCACCAUACUUGAGGUCUUGAUAGCUAAGCAGAGAGUGGUGCCAACAUACAAUGCCGAUCGCCCCUCCGGAAAGGGUGUUACGGUGCCCGGGUACGCCAAGGCAGAGGAGGAGCUAAUGGAGGGCAUUAAGAAUAAUGGGCUGAAGACGUGA